AUGGAGUUUUCUCCGUAUCUAGAAGGGCUCCAUCAUGUAGUGCAUUUACGCACUAUAGCAUACCAGGUAAAACCACUAAUUGUGUCAGGUCCUCCGACUUUGAAGCUGAAGCAUUUGUUAUACGUUGUCGAAGAAGCGUCACAAUGCCUAGUGCUAGCCGUCGAAGUGUAUGUAUAUUUCACCUGUGACAACGGAGUACUCCAUAGACAUUUCUUCGUGUCCAAAGCGGAUACAAGCGGAUUGGGAACGCGCCGCUUAUCCGCGGCAGGUAUCAUUGCCCAGUUCAUCAAGUACUUGGUUUCCUUGGCCCCAGAUGCUUACUUGGCCAACGUCUCUUGGCGCAAACAACACCAGACAGAAACGACCGCAUCCGCUAAGAAAAGUGAAUUCAGCGUUGUCAACACGCUUAUGGAUCUCAGCCAUCAGCUCAAAUCUGACCCUGCCUUUUACGACUCUAUCCUGUUUUAUCAUGCUAGGGAUUUGCCUCUUUCGAGAACAAGUGCCCAUUCGACAGACAAGAGAUGGAAUUACAACUCAAUUUCGACGAGCCUUUCAUUGUUUACCCGCUCCGCCAACGCGUAUAUCUUUCCCAAAUCGGAGAAGAACCCGGGGAAGCACGUUGCAGAUGGCAAUGGUCUUUUAAAAUGGUGGAUAUCAGUGCUCCAUAAAUCUCUUGGUGACUGUUGGGAUUGCAAGGCUGACAUCCCUGGUUCUGAUCCUCAAGAAGUGAGACGUUAUUUGCCAAAGGCAUCGAACUGGAGCGUGGGCAAUAUAUACACGGACGACAAUCUGGACUUGGCCGUGUUCCGCAUCCCAGUUUUCCCUGACGACCCCAAAGGUAGAUUUUUAGAGCAUUUGAUUGUUGAAGGACGGUACAAAAAUGUCACUCAAACUCAAUUCUGGAAUGAGUUGGGAUACAGACAGGAAUUCAGAUUGGGCAACACAGUGGGAAUAAUUGGGUGCGUUCAAAAAUUCGAACAGGCACUUUCUUCGGAAGCGGAGAAUGCAACUGUCGUUUCUUUGCGGACAUACAAAAGAAUCAUCGAACUCAUCAAAGGCCAAAAUUUUAGCAUCAAGGAAGACAUUCAAUCUUUAACUCGCUACAGUCUACCGGAAAUGUUUCGCAGGCUUGGCGUGAAUAUUUCACCGUUAAGAGUUGAUGGGAAGAAGAAGCAAGUACAAGGGCAAACUGAUGUAUCCGCCAGUGAUUCCCUUAAAACCUUGAAGCAUGCGGUGGAACCCAAUAAUGUGAGCGGACUUGUGAAGAAAAGGAAGCCCGAAGUCAAUAAUAUAAGUGGGCUAAUUAGAAAGAGAACACGAACAACAAACGGUGUUAGUGCGCCGAAUGAGACCAGAACUCAACCCACGAGUAACAUCACUGCACUGAUUAGCGAGAAGACUAUACCAGUGAACAACAUUAACGGACUAGUGAAAAGAAAAACUACAACAAAGGAGAAGCACACUUAA